AUGUAUAUUGUGAUGUUAUUAAAGGGUUCAAUCACUUUCAAUAUCAUCCUCUAUGUAACAGAAGGGUUAGUGUCAAGUUUUAAUGCUUUUGAAACUAAGGAAGCAUGCCCACUAAUUCUAACAUGGGCAGUGUUUCUUUGUCUGAUUUCAUCACUUCCGGGAAAAGAAGAAAACAAUGUUAUAAUGGAGAUUGAUCAUAUUAGCUAUGUUCGUCAAGCUUUUGAAGCUGCAUCUUUGAGAUUUUUUCUAGAGAUCCUCGAGAGUGACUUAUUAAAUGAGUCAGAUGAAUCACUUUGCAGUCAGUUUUGGGACAGAGAAAGUUUUGUUGAUGGUCCUAUUCGGUGUCUUCUUUGUAACCUAGAAGGUGAAUUUCCCUUCAGGACUGUGGAACUUAUUCGCCUCUUAUCAUCCCUAUCUGAAGGAACUUGGCCAGUAGAAUGUGUGUAAGUUUCUUUAUUUCUUUGUAUUGGGUUGAGGAUUCUACAGUAAUUUAUGUACAUUUGUAAACACUACACUGUACUAUAUCAGCGUAAUUGACUACGAAUAUGUAUCACUGUUUUGUAAUUACUUGUUAGUGCCCAAAUAACUUAAGGUCUAGAGUUUAGUACCUGUUUGAGCUCCAUAUUCUAUUACACCUCUCCUUUAAAUGAGAUAUGAGAUUCGAUGGAUCUACCCUAGAAAUAAUAGUA